AUGCCGUCACGGUGGCGGUUGUUACUUCCGUUUCUACUCUCGGUGACUGUUACUUACGCAAUGCAGGUUCCGACCACCUUUUCCACGAAGUUGGUUCACCGAUUCUCAGAAGAAAUGAAACCGGUUCGGGUUCAGACCGGUGACUGGCCGGACCGGCGGAGCAUGCACUAUUACCAGAGGCUUCUUAGAAACGACUUUGUCAGACAUAAAGUUAGCCUCGGCGGCGCUCGUCACCAGCUUCUGUUUCCUUCUCGAGGGAGCAAAACGAUGUCGUUUGGAAACGACUUAGCAUGGUUGCAUUACACGUGGAUUGAUAUAGGGACACCGAGUACUUCGUUUCUUGUAGCAUUGGAUGCUGGGAGUGAUCUUCUUUGGGUUCCUUGUGAUUGCAUACAGUGUGCUCCCUUGUCUGCCAGUUUCUAUGCCAGUUUGGAUAGAGAUCUGAAUGAGUAUAGCCCUUCUAGUUCGUUAUCCAGCAAGCAUCUAUCUUGCAGCCACCGGUUAUGUGAUAUGGGUUCAAAUUGUAAAACUUCCAAGCAGCAGUGUCCGUAUACUAUCAAUUACAUGUCAGAAAACACUUCAAGUUCUGGAUUGUUAGUUGAGGACAUAUUGCAUCUUCAAUCCAGCGAUGGGAAUGGCAGCUCAUCUAACUCUUCUGUUCAGGCUUCAGUUCUUGUCGGGUGUGGUAUGAAGCAAAGUGGUGAAUAUUUGAAUGGCAAUGCUCCGGAUGGUCUCAUUGGUUUGGGACCUGGGGAGAGUUCAGUUCCGAGUUUUCUUGCUAAAUCAGGAUUAAUCCGUGAUUCUUUUUCAUUGUGCUUUAAUGAAGAUGAUUCCGGUAGAUUGUUUUUCGGUGACCAGGGAUCAACCGUGCAACAGUCUACUCCAUUCUUGCCCUUGGAUGGAAUAUUUUCAACCUACAUUGUUGGAGUGGAGGCCUAUUGUAUUGGGAAUUCUUGUCCUAAAGUAACAAGUUUUAAUGCUCAGUUUGAUAGUGGAACAUCAUUUACGUUUCUUCCGGGUCAUGCAUAUGAAGCAAUAGCUGAAGAGUUUGACAAACAAGUAAAUGCUACAAGAUCAACCUUUGAAGGAUCUCCUUGGGAGUAUUGUUAUGUACCCAGUUCGCAACAGCUGCCUAAGAUUCCUACACUGACGCUCAUGUUCCAACACAAUAACAGUUUUGUGGUCUAUAAUCCUGUGUUUGUAUUUUACAACGACCAGGGAAUUGAUGGAUUUUGUUUAGCAAUACAGCCAACCGAAGGGGAUAUGGGGACAAUUGGACAAAAUUACAUGACGGGAUACCGGUUGGUUUUUGAUAGGGAAAACAAGAAACUAGCAUGGUCACGCUCAAAUUGUCAGGAUCUCAGUCUUGGUAAGAAGACGCCCCUAUCCCCUCUAAACAAGACAUCAUCGAACCCGCUGCCUGCAGAUGAGCAGCAAAGAAUCAAAGGGCAUGCAGUGGCUCCAGCUGUUGCUGGAAAGGCUCCUCAAAAUCCUUCAGUUGUUUCAUCUCAGACAUCUCAAAUGAUUUCAUACCGGCAACAUUGGCAGUGCUAUUGUUUGCUUCUAUUUCAACUCCUGUCAGUCUUUUACUGA